UAAGCUUCUUCUGUGCUCAGCACUUGUCUCUCUUCCUACCCCUAGCACCCAAAACCAACAUUGCUGCCUGAGACCUGCAUCAGACUCAGCAUGCCGUCUUCAGCUGCCUGGCUCAUGGCUCUACUGCUCAACUUGAUGCUUGCCAUCUCAACCGUUUUCAUUGGAUCCUGCCUCUCCGGGUCUCCAUCCAAAGUGCGGCUAGUAGGAGGUGCCCACCGCUGUGAAGGGCGAGUAGAGGUGGAACGCAAUGGCCAGUGGGGGACUGUGUGUGAUGAUGGCUGGAACCUGACCGAUGUGGCUGUGGUAUGCCGGGAGCUGAGCUGUGGACCAGCCAUCAAAGCCCGAAGUGGUACAUCAUAUAAGCCACCAGCACCAGAAGAGCAAAAAGUUCUUAUUCAAGACGUUAACUGCAGGGGGAUGGAAGACACAUUGUCUCAAUGUGAGCAAGAUGAUGAUGUUUUUAAUUGCCCACAUACAGAAGAUGCUGGGGCACAGUGUGAGAAGUCUCCAUCCAAAGUGAGGCUAGUAGGAGGUGCCCACCGCUGUGAAGGGCGAGUAGAGGUGGAACGCAAUGGCCAGUGGGGGACUGUGUGUGAUGAUGGCUGGGACCUGAACGAUGUGGCUGUGGUAUGCCAGGAGCUGAACUGUGGAGCAGCCAUCAAAGCCCGAAGUGGUACAUCAUAUAAGCCACCAGCACCAGAAGAGCAAAAAGUUCUUAUUCGAGACUUUAACUGCAGGGUGGAAGACACAUUGUCUCAAUGUGAGCAAGAUGGUCAUGUUUAUAAUUGCCAACAUACAGAGGAUGCUGGGGCACAGUGUGAGAAGUCUCCAUCCAAAGUGCGGCUAGUAGGAGGUGCCCACCGCUGUGAAGGGCGAGUAGAGGUGGAACGCAAUGGCCAGUGGGGGACUGUGUGUGAUGAUGGCUGGGACCUGAACGAUGUGGCUGUGGUAUGCCGGGAGCUGAACUGUGGAGCAGCCAUCAAAGCCCGAAGUGGUACAUCAUAUAAGCCACCAGCACCAGAAGAGCAAAAAGUUCUUAUUCAAGACGUUAACUGCAGGGGGAUGGAAGACACAUUGUCUCAAUGUGAGCAAGAUGGUCAUGUUUAUAAUUGCCAACAUACAGAAGAUGCUGGGGCACAGUGUGAGAACCCAGACAUCGAUAGCCCCUUCAUCCGAGAUGUGCGACUAGUAGACGGCCCGGGACGCUGCCAGGGUCGUGUGGAGGUGCUGCACCAGCUGGAGUGGAGCAGUGUGUGCAAAGCAGGCUGGAAUUUACAGGCUUCCAAGGUGGCGUGCAGGCAGCUGGGAUGUGGGCGGGCGCUACUGACCCGCGCAUGUUGCAACAAGACGACUCAGGGCAAAGGGCCCAUCUGGACGAGCCAGAUGUCGUGUACUGGACAGGAAGCAAACCUUCAGGACUGCCCUUUUAGGUCUUUGGAGAAAAAUUGUACCCAUGAUGAGGACGCAUGGGUGGAAUGCGAAGAUCCCUUUGAGCUGAAGCUGGUAGGAGGAGACAACCCCUGCUCUGGGAGGUUGGAGGUGCUGCACCAGGGUACCUGGGGCUCUGUCUGUGAUGAUGGCUGGGGAGAGAAGGAGGACCAAGUGGUAUGCAAGCAACUGGGCUGUGGGAAGCCCCUUGUUCCAUCCUCCAAAGCCCGAAAAAGCUACGGACCUGGGGCCGGCCGUGUCUGGCUGGAUGAUGUCGUUUGCUCGGGGGAGGAGCAGUCCCUGGAGUCCUGCCGGCACAGGUUCUGGGGGUACCAUGACUGUACCCACAAGGAAGAUGUGGCGGUGAUCUGCUCAGAAAGUAUCCCAAGACUUUGAUGGAUAACCUGGAUCCCUGCCUGACCUGGAUCCCUGCUGCUUGCUCAGUUGGGCCCUGAUUCUUCAAGUGGUUAUAACCUGCCAUGAACUUUAGCCACCUCCGCUGAGCCUCUUAGGAGAGUGAACAAUGUGCUCAGAUCUUGAUCUCAGGGAUCCCCUCUCCCAUAAUCACCUCAAGAGAUGAGCUGCUGAGCUCCCUUGCUGAAGAAGUGCUUCCAGUUGCCCUGUGCUCACUGUUGACCCCUUGGUAUUGGUUCCAGUCUUCACUUUCUCUUCCCAGCCUAACCUGCAACUCUUGGGCCUGACGUGGGAUCAGUUGUACAGGCCAUGACUAAGGCCCAGCCUAUCUGUAAACAACACUGAGGAUAUGAUAACAAAAGGAGAGCAUGAAAGGGAAUGUGGGUAGACAGUAUUUUGGAGGUAGGGGAAAAAAUAGACUUCUUCGAAUGUUUUUUAAAUUUUAUAACAAGAGAAAUGACCAUAAUAAUAAUGCUUCACUACCCUGCCAUCUCUCAGAGAAAGUAGCAGGGCGGUUUCCUGCAGCCCUCAAAUGUUACUCCUUGAGUUCUAAAUGUCUACCCAAACCCAUAUGUUUGAAGUUUGCUGUGUGAUACAACAGUAUUUUGAGAUGGGGCCUUCGGGAUCUAACUGCAUCACAUGGUCGGAUCCCUCAGCCCUUUAUGAGCAGAUUACUCAUUGGUGAAUCCACUGGGAGGUGGUAGAAACUUCAGGAGGUGGGACCUAGUUAGAAGAAGGAAGUCAUUGGGAUGUGCCUUUGGAAGGGGAUAUUUUGUUCCCUGCUUGAUCCCCUGGCCGUGUUCAAGGGUUGGUUCUAUAUCUUGGCUAUUGUGAAUUAUGCUGCAAUAAAGAUGAGUGUGCAGGUAUUUCUUGA